GGAAAUGGCAGCGUGUGAGAUGAGCCGCCGCGGGAGCGCCGCUGCGGGCCCAGGCCGCCCCCCCGCCCGUUAGGGGGCGCGUGGCCCCGGGCCCAUCCACGGGGCCGGAAGCGCCUCCACGUCUCCCACACGCGGCGGGAGCGCGCGCGCUAAUGGCGGCGCUCCCUCCCCGCCCACCCCCGGACCCCGUAACGGCAGCGCGGCCGCCGCUGCCCCUCUGGCUCUCGGGCCUGCAAAGGGACACACGGAGCCGCGGCCUCCGACGGGCACGCGGGAAAGGCAGGCUGCAGGCUCGCUCCGCAGAAAGCGCCCCACCCCAGCCCGCCCAAAACCAGCGUGCCGUCCCUCACGAGUAUCCACCUCCUGACCGGGAGAGCCCGGAGCGAGUCCUCCGGGGGUCCCGAGCGGAGUGUUCCCCGGGCCGGGCCUCGGCCGCUCCCCAGCCCCCCCCGCCACGAGCCACCAUGACUGAGCAGCGCGCGCCGUUUCCCCUCCCCCCGCGGCCCGUUGGAGGCCCCACUCCGCUUCUCUCUCCUCCGCUCCGCUUCUCCUCAGCUCCGCCCGCCCUUUUAUCCGGGACGGAGCAGAGCGCAGCUCCUGUCCUUCUACCUCUCCACCGCGAGGGCCGAAGGCAGAAAAGACGCCGCACAAGUCCGGCAUCACAGCUCACCCAGGCCCAGCCUCGCCGCAGCCCGGCCCAUCUCCCACCCCGCUCCGAGGCGGCGGCCAACAGCAGCCGCCAUUCUCACCGCUCGCGCUUUUUAAAGCGGCCACGCUUGCCCUCCGCCCGCUCCCGCAAGGAAGAGGAGACCACCCCGACCCCGUCACCUUUCCCGAGGCUCCUCCGCGGCGCUCCGCUCGGUGACUGGGCGCUGGGAAGAUGGCGGAAGCGCGGUUCAAAUACCCGGACAGCGACGCCGCGCGGCCGCGGGGAGGGGCGGGGCCGGCCGUCACGUGGGCAGGCCGGGCGGGAGAGCGGCCCGGGCUCCGCCGCAGCGCGGGUCCGUGUCCGGCGCCGGGCGGGGCGGUUCUGCCCUCCGCGGGAAGCGGCAGCCUGGAGAGAUGGAAUCCCGUUCGUUACACAGGGGUGCCCCCGGCCCCAGCCGCAGCAGGUUCCGGCCCGCUGAGGCCUGCGGUACCCCCUGGGGUCACAGUCUCCAUCCAGCCCUGGAGCCUCUCCCAGCCUCAGUUACACAGCGGUGCCCGCAGCCGCACCAAACGCGAACAGCCGCACUGCGGUCUCGAACCCGGGGACUCAAGCGAUCCUCCCGCCACAGCCGGGAGAGCGGGCGCGCGCCACCGGAGUCGCAUCAGGAAGUGAUUUGGUGCGGCAUGAACCAGUCAGGUGGUGUCUGAGACAAAGGGUAAAACAAUCUAUUAAACUGCCUCCAGCAUGGCUUAAUGAAGGCUUUAAAAGCAGCAGGAGAACUUAAUUGAACAGCUGUUAGGUGAAGACGGCUGUGUUCAGGAGAGAUUUCCUUAUGACUGUUGUUUUCAGUUCUUCAUACAAGCUGGUCUGCAUUCACCAGCGUGCACUACUAAAAAUAAAAGUUGCUUUGUAAACACUCGAUUUAGAAUAGUUCUGUAAGCUCUCAAGUACAACCUUCAGUAGGACAAAGUUGUUCACAAACUUUCAAAGAACGUGUUUUGCAUAGGUCUAUAAAUAUCACCUUUUGAGGGUUCACACUGAUUCUUAAGGGCUCAGAUUGUUUUUCACUCUGCUAUACUUCAACAGUUUUCAAGUGGUCUGCAUAAAGCUUGUUGGUGCACCCCACAAUUUAGAACAAAUGUUUUUUUAACUAUGGAUUGAAUAAACCUAGAAAAUAUUUCAUGGCAGGGUAUAUAUGCAAACAUAGUUUAUUUCUUGUUCAUUUUCUGCAGACCUAGAGGCGCACACAAAGUUUUGCACAAGUGGCUGCACUCUGCUGCAAUUUUUGCUUGUUUGUUAGUGUAACACAAAUCCAAAUGUUGCAUAAGGUUGCUGGAAAAAUCACUGGCUUGUUGAACUUGCUUUCCCUUUUUUGGAUGAGUUGGGUUUGUGGGUUUUUUAGCAUUUUUGCUGAUCACCUCUAGGUGUCAGGAAGGAUAUUUUUUCAGAAUAUGUAACUGAAAUUUUUCUCAGUACAAUGGUAUCUUUAUAAAACCCUUGUGCAUUCCACCUCUGUUCUUGACAAACAGGCACGGGUUUAUAAAGAGGCGCCCAUAAAGCCAUGGUAAUGGGGUUUGGAAGUUUUUAAGAAUAUAAAAAAAGGUCAUCUGUAACUGUGGAUAGAACACUUUACAAUACUUUAGAAAUGUAUCAAUAUUGUUACAGAUUUAUUAGUAAACUACUUUUUUUCCUGCAAAAAAAGGUAAGACUGAUACAUUAAUGUGGAAUAAUUAAAAUUGAUUUCUAAUGAAAAACUCCUCCAUCAUAGCAUUUGAACAGAUAUGUAUUUUAUUGUUAUGGAGACAAAUUACUACACGGAUUCUAAUUUUUAUCCUCUGUUUUUUUAUUGUCUAUAAGAUCCACAAAACAUUUGCUUCUGAUAAGCCCAUUCAGCAAAGGCAACAAAACACUUUCAAGGACUCAUCAGCUGUGUUAGAUCACUAUCUAAAAGAUUAGAGUUCAAAGGAUAUCAGUAGGUAGCCAGCAGAAUAAUUGCUUUUAUAAGAUUUUUACAUUUCCUAUCUCUUGACUCAGGUCAACUGUGAACAAACUGAAGUAGAGAAACACAAAAAGGAAAAGGCAGCCUGAGCAUCUGGGGAUGGUUCAAAAGAGAGUCACGGAGCUAAAGAGAAUAUCUGAAUGUAACGUUUGUAUUAGUAGGAAGCAAAAUAAUUUUGUAAGCUGUAAAAGAAGGCAACAAUAUACCCAGGCAAGCAAUGAAAAGGAACAUAACUGUACUUGCCAGUGAAAGCGGUGACUGUGGAAAUGUCCCUGGACGUAGCUCGGGCGGGACGCAGGUCUGUGCGCUGGGGCUCGGGAGACACAGGAAAUUACACUAAAGGGUCUGAAGAAGAAAUUAGUCACUUUCAGCAAGAAUGGGUAAAAUGGACCAUUACAGUAACUAAGCUCUAUCAAAAUAUGUAUUCAAAAGAUAAGCUUCAUUCAUAUUUUUCACCAAGUAAAACAGUCUCAUAUGGAGACUAGACGCUUGGAAAAUCAGCAUUUAUGAUGAAGGGCAGAUGUACAUGUAUUUUUUUUUUUCAGAGAACAAAAAUUCAGCAAUUUACUGUAAUUAAAGCACCUUGUAUUGCUAAUUCAGGAUCUUUAAAUUCCCAUCCAGCACUGAAAUUCUUUAAAUACAUGAGGAAGACUAUGCAGUGAGUUAUUAUGUUCCAUAUCCAACAUUAACACUUUUAGAAUUUAUAGCUGAUGAACGUGUAGCCAACUCUAUAUAUGAUAGAACUGGGGUAGCAAUAAUGACAGGUAAUUGACUAUAGUCUGAAUGGUGAUUUUUAACACGCACCUAAGAACACGGCACCACUGAGGACUUUUCUGCCUCCCACAGUACGUGGAUGCUCCGUUUCCUACAAACUCAGGGGCUCUUAAGACAUACCUGUUGUUGUACAGAUGUAGGACUUUGGCAAAGUUUUGCUGUUUUACUCGAGCCCUCACCGUGAGUAACACGCAGCGCGUGCCAACGUGUUUAUUUGAGGAGUUACCACCCGUCAGUGGCUCAUCCUGAGCUCCCUGGGAGCGUUCAGCUUUGUGCUGAUUUCCAGUCGCGAUGUGCGUUGUUCAGCUGCUCCAUGGUGAACGGCAGCCUGCACAGCUCGCUUAAUAUUGCGAAAUAGCCAAGGGACAUGUGUGUGGCCUGCAAAGAGACAAUGCAGCCGCUGCACUUCUUGGACUAAACAUGAAUUACAUGAGGUCCAAUCGCAGCCUACCCACACCAGAGGAAAACUAAAUAAAACUCAACCAAAAAAUAAA